GCACUCUCAGAGUUCAUCCUUCAGCCGGCACUCAAAACUCUCUAAUUGCAGACCUGAUCGUAUCUCUGUUGGAUAGAAAUGGCUGAUAAGGAAACUGGUUCUGAAUCCAAGAAUGAGAAAUCAAACGAGACCCAGAUUUCUGACAAUGCAACCACUCUUGAAAACAUAGUCCAGCAGAUCCAGAACACAAACCCUAUUAACCCACUGCACAAGUUUUGGGAGACGCAACGGGUGGGACAGUUCAAGGAUGGGUUUGUUCUUGGCCUUGUCGGCCAAGAAAAAGAGGGAGCUUCUUACAUAGUUAUGGCCUGCAAUGUGAAGCAUCUCCACUAUAAUAAACAAAGGCAGAUGGUCACGGAUAAAGAUAACAAGUUCGUGUCUCUCAAUAACACUUCCAUGCUUAUGUGCUCGGACUUUAUCCUAGAAUCUAGGUGUUUUGAAGAGCUUUCAAAGCAGGUUCAGCAUGCUGAACGUGUAUCUGGUGUUAUUCCACGGGCCGAACUUAUUGAUCGUUGUGCAUAUCUAAGCACACAGUUUGUAUUUGGUGACAAAAUAAAAGCCGUGUUAGGAGGGUGGAGUUUUGAUGGAUAUGAAGGAGAUGAUUACCGGGAGAAGUGGACUCCGUAUCUCUUCAGCAUGCCGGAUGGAUGUCUUGACCCAAGCGUUGUUGCGAUUGGGGCAGGUGUCUCCUCGGAUGCCCGAAGGAUAUUAGAGGAUUGGUCCUUGAACGGAGGACAAUCUCUGGACUCCGCUUUAAAGGUGAUGGAGCAAGCAGCGAGAAGCUGUUAUCAGGAGCGCCUUUCCCCCUAUUUCAAAGUUUGGUUUUCCUAUUCACCGUUGAAGCAGUGGACUCUUUACCUAGAUGAGGAGUUGAAGCCUGAAGCGAAGGGCAAGAAGCGUAAGAGGAAUUAGCGUAGACUUACUUUGAUUGGUGCUUGAGCCCCAGUUUUUUUUUGGAGUGGGUUCAACUCUUUAAGCCUUAAUUUCAUUCACAGAUUUAAUGGUAAGUAUGUUGGCACUCAGUGUGAAUGAGUAGUACUUUGUGAAUUGUGGAGGAUGUGGGUUUUUGAUUUUAUCUUUAGUUGAAAAUGAAUUGUUUUUUCCUCU